AUGCAUACCCACUGUCAUAAGUUUCUUCACAAUGAUGAAGAUGGCUCAGAGAUCGAAUUUGAAGGCUGGCUACAGUUGGGGAAUCCACACAAAUUCGAUGGACCUGGAAGGUGUCCCAGAUCGAACUCGAUUUGCAUAGGCAACAGACGCCACAUUGAUAAUCAUCACUGCUGUUCCCAAAAUGAAAUAAACAAUUUACUGGGAGAACUUUACGAAUCUCACCACGCUAGAACCAACUGUGGGCAUUGCAAUGUCAACCACAAGAAACGAAGCAAAUGUGGAACAUGCAGCAAAAGAGGACAUGGCUGCACUGGAGCAAGACUUUCCAAAAGCGAAGAAGACAUAAUGUACAUUAACAACAAGCAGAGCCCACCGACUGUCAUUGUGCAAAAGCCACACACGGUAGUUGUGAGGAACAGAUCGAGACCACCUGUUGUGGUACAACAACCUCCACCAAAUGUAAUUGUCAAGAAUGAUCCUCCGCAACCGGUGUACGUGCAAAGCUUCCCUCCAAACGUUACGAUAAAGAACGACGGCAUCCACGGAGCAUUCAGAAACCCUCAAACAUACCAACAGGUGCAAAUGAGUAAACCACAAGCUGGAGUUUCAUCAUGCAAUCACGCACCUGGCUGCAAUGGCAUUAAAAACCACAAUUGCAUUUAUCAUUAUGCAAACAAUUAA